AUGACCGAUACUGAUAGCUCCGUCAACAACACUCAACCACCACCACACUCCCCUCACGAAGAAGAACAUGGGGAUUCAAGUAGUGAUGAGAAAACAAGGAAACGUUCAAUAUCUAAAAAAGCUUGCGAACAUUGCAAAAAAAGCCAUGCUUGUUGUGAAGAUAAGAGACCAUGCAAACGUACAUCACUUGGUUUGGAAUGUUAUGACUUGCCCAGCAAGAAGAGAGGACGAAAACGAAAAUUCGUACAGCAGCCACCAACAUCAACAACAGUCUCCACUGCUCAAUCACAACAACAGUCAGUACUAAUUCUUCCUUCUCAUCAGCCAACACCUCAUGUCCGUAUUCAACCAAAAACAACUCACAAGAAGCCUACCUCAGCCACGAAUCAUCAUAUCCUAUCCUCUUUUAAUUACAAACCAAUUGCUCCAAGCAACAUGGAAAAACGCACCUUGUUGGCCAAUCAUAAGCCUUCUUCUAUUCAUCCGCCACACACCACAUCUCUUGUUCAUCCACCACUACGAUCAAUUUCUGCGACUAGUGCUGUUUCUAUCACUCCUUCCAACAGCAUUUAUCAUUGUCCAGUUGCUAGUUUUAUAGCGUGCCCUGGUGGUAUGCAACAACCAAAAGUAACAUCCACCCAGCCCAUACAAAGCCUUCUUCAUUCAAGAGGAUGUCCAUUUCAUCAACAACAACAACAACAACCAACAAGUAGGCCAUCAAUGGUUGUUUCAUCUUUACAAGCGCAUCCAAUUCCAACAAUGAUCAAUUCGGAACAGCAACAAGAACCAUCGAAAUGCCCAUUUAAUCACACCUCAUCACAUGUUAGCAAUUUUACUUCCGCUUUCAAACGAACCAAGAUGUCUUUUGAACAACCUCCUCUUGACAAUCAUUUGAGACUUGCUCCAUUAAAUCCUCAAAUAGAUAACAAAAACACUGAAGAAUCAACAAGAGGUUCAAAAAUUGCUCUUCUUCGAAAAUGGCUUUCCACUUCAGAAAUUAAACCCUCUCCCAAUGCUGAGGAUGGAAAAGCAUAUAUCAUUCACAAGUUAAUGACAGAUGAUGAUGUUAACUAUCAGUUCUGGGCUCUUCUUGAAGAAUACAUUAAUUAUAGUUUAAAGCAAAUUGAAAAUGGUAAAUCCAUAGAUGAUUUUACGAGAACUAAGACAAAUAAGGAGGCUAUCGAGCAGUUAGAAAGUUUAUACAUUUCAAUUGGAUCUUCAAAAUGUCCUUUCCUUAUUCUCAGAAAAGAACAAUCACAAAACAGUCCAUUACCAACACCGCCUCCACAACUUGAAUCUCUUCCAUCCAUCACAAACAUUUCUCUUCCAAGUUUGAAAUCUAUCUUCAAUCUCGAUAACACUCAAUCUUUUGAAAAUUUACAACAUAAUCCAUUUACGAAAUGUCCUGUUGGUUAUCACUCGAUUUCUAAUGAAAUUCAAGACAUGAACCGUGCACGAACUGGGAUCUUACCUUCUGCUCAUCAUCCUGUAAAUUCUGUAAAUGACAAUGGAGAUUUCAGUGAAGCUUCUGAAAUGUACAUCAAAGGUAUUUUAGAUUUGUGUGGAACUUGCAUUGCAUUUUAUUCACUGGAUUUUGGUGGAAGACUUUUAUUGUGGAAUAAGAAGGCAAAACAAACUCUUGGAUAUGAGAAUAUACCCUAUGGAUUAUUGAAGUGGGAUGACUUGUUACACAUUUCGUCAGAAAAUAAGGCCUACCUUCCCUCUCCUUCUGACUUGGCAUGUCUUCAAUAUCCAUGCAAUUUUAUAAUUUCACACGGUACAUCCAAGCAACCCACACGGAUUCAGUCUGAUACUGCAUGUUUUGUGAAAGAUAGAUUCUCAGCUGUUUCUUUUGAAUAA